AUGGUGUACACAACCGCUGUACCGACAUUUUACGACCACCCUCCCUCCCGACCUUCUCAUUCCCGUGGUCGACUGUCGCCUGUUGUAACCUCGUCCGUUGUGAUAUCUUCAUCGCCUCCCACUCCGUCUUCGCCCACGACACGUGCUUUCUCCGUCAAUGUUGAGGGGAUGGAAACUGAUGACGAGGAUGAGGAGUCACGCGAUGAUCCUCCUGCGAUUGACGACGGUCGCGCCAGAAUUCCCAAGCCUCUCGGCGAAGUCGGUCGCCCGGAUAGGGGAGGUUACUCGCUGCGCGCGGUCCUAGCACCAACCCCCACCCUCUAUCAGGAUCUCAUUCGCCUAGCUCGCCAGCUGGUCACAAAGCACCUUUCUCCUGCGAUCUGUUAUUCAAGGCAAUCCAAACGCAAUUUAGCAGAGGCUCUGAGUGACGGCGCCUCCCAACUUCCGGUCCUGAACGACUAUGUGGACUGCUGGCCUUUAGUUGACGCUCUGCGCAUGCGCCUCAAGUAUACCAGUUCCAAAGCCAAAGCCAAAACCGGAACCGGCUCAACGCUUCUCAAAAGACAAUCGUCGCGUUUGAAGGGCUUGGCAAAGAAUGUCAGAUUCGAAGUUACGCGUACGGGAAGUCAAUGA